AGUCGAGGAACUUGGUGGGCUCUGAAUUAUGGGCCCAAUAAGGAGCGUAGACGAGAAAGAAGAGAAACCAAGGAAGAAGAGAACAAAAAGUUGACUGUAGUAAAGAGUGGACUUUUAUUCAAAUCAAAAGAGCAGACUUUCUUCGUCUUCUUCUUCGUGUCAUUGAGCUUGUACGAUUUCUCUAGCUCCAAUGGAGAAGGAUACUGGAGCCGAGCUCAAUUAGCUUCUGACCUAUCCAAGAAUCUUGAAAUUGCUGAAGUGAAGGAAGAUGAAAAAGAGGAAAAUCUGGAAGAAGAGGGAAUCAAAGCUGAGGCUUCAACAAAGAAGAAAAAGAAGAAGAAUAAAAACAAGAGGAAGAAGAAUUCACCUCAACAGACUGAUCCACCUUCAAUUCCUGUUAUUGAGCUCUUCCCUUCUGGAGAGUUUCCUGAAGGUGAGUACAAGGAAGAUAAUUUGUGGAGAACAGCAUCUGAAGAGAAGAGAGAGAUGGAGAGGCUGCAAAAGCCGAUAUAUAACUCUCUUCGCCAAGCAGCGGAAGUUCAUCGCCAAGUUAGGAAGUACAUGAGAAGCAUAAUGAAGCCUGGAAUGUUGAUGAUUGACAUCUGUGAGACUUUAGAGAACACAGUUCGUAAGUUAAUAUCACAGAAUGGUCUUCAAGCUGGUAUCGCCUUCCCUACAGGAUGUUCUCUCAAUAACGUCGCUGCUCACUGGACACCAAACUCUGGAGACAAGACUGUUCUUCAGUAUGAUGAUGUGAUGAAGUUGGAUUUCGGAACACAUAUUGAUGGGCACAUUGUUGAUUCUGCUUUUACUGUUGCAUUCAAUCCUAUGUUUGAUCCUCUCUUAGAAGCCUCCCGUGAAGCAACAUAUACCGGUAUCAAGGAAGCCGGGAUUGAUGUCAGGCUUUGUGAUGUCGGUGCUGCGAUUCAGGAGGUCAUGGAGUCUUAUGAAGUAGAGAUCAAUGGAAAAAUCUACCAAGUGAAAAGUAUCAGAAACCUGAAUGGGCACAGCAUCGGACGCUAUCAGAUACAUGCUGAGAAAUCUGUUCCUAACGUUAGAGGAGGCGAGCAGACAAAGAUGGAAGAAGGUGAAUUAUUUGCCAUCGAAACCUUUGGAUCAACCGGGAGAGGAAUUGUGAUUGAUGACUUAGAAUGUAGCCAUUACAUGAAACACUUCGAUGUGGGACACGUUCCUCUGAGGUUACCAAGAGCGAAACAACUCCUUGCCACCAUUAACAAGAAUUUCUCCACUCUGGCCUUCUGCAGACGCUACUUGGACCGUCUUGGUGAAACCAAAUACUUGAUGGCUUUAAAGAAUCUGUGUGAUGCUGGCAUCAUCGAGCCAUGCCCUCCAGUGUGUGAUGUGAAAGGAAGCCAUGUUUCUCAGUUUGAGCAUACGAUCUUGUUGCGGCCAACUUGCAAAGAGAUUAUUUCCAAAGGAGACGAUUAUUGAAAUAACGAAUUUUUCUCAGUACUUGCAGAAGAUAAGCUAUUGGCAACUGUUUUUGUUGUUGAAUUUUAAUGUUCUUCUCAAGAUUGUACCUUCCGAUAUAAUAUUCAAGAGAAUUUGAUGACAUCUUAAACAUUUUAAAAAGUCUUGUUAUUUGAAUGAAGAUAAAUAAGGUAAGGGAGC